UGGGCCGGCCUGGGGCUGGAUCCUCCCUCCGGUAGGCUGGCCUAGGCCGAUCCGCUCGACCCGGAUAGAAGCCUCAUUGGGAGCUCUGGUCGCCUGCUCUGCGCGUCGUAGCUCUCGCCCAGCCGCCGCCAUGGCCCAAGCAGACAUCGCCUUGAUUGGACUGGCCGUCAUGGGCCAGAACCUCAUUCUUAACAUGAAUGACCAUGGCUUUGUGGUGUGCGCGUUUAACCGAACGGUAUCCAAAGUGGACGACUUCCUGGCAAAUGAAGCGAAAGGCACUAAAGUUAUCGGGGCUCACUCUUUGGAAGAAAUGGUCUCCAAGCUGAAGAAGCCCCGGCGGAUCAUCCUGCUUGUCAAGGCUGGGAGUGCCGUGGACGACUUCAUCAACAAGCUGGUACCACUGCUGAGUGCCGGGGACAUCAUUAUUGACGGAGGGAAUUCUGAGUACAGAGACAGCACGAGGCGUUGCAAGGACCUCAAGGAAAAAGGCAUCUUGUUCGUUGGGAGCGGGGUGAGCGGUGGUGAAGAAGGGGCCAGGUAUGGCCCCUCACUGAUGCCGGGGGGAGCCAAAGAGGCAUGGCCUCACAUCAAGCCGAUAUUUCAGAGCAUCGCUGCCAAAGUGGGAACUGGAGAACCCUGUUGUGACUGGGUAGGAGACGAGGGGUCUGGACACUUUGUGAAGAUGGUGCACAACGGGAUUGAGUAUGGAGACAUGCAGUUGAUCUGCGAAGCCUAUCAUCUCAUGAAAGAUGUGUUGGGCAUGGACCAUGAUGAGAUGGCCAAGGUAUUUGAGGACUGGAAUAAGACGGAACUGGACUCCUUCUUGAUCGAAAUCACCGCCAACAUCUUGAAGUACCGGGAUGCUGAUGGGAAGCAUUUGCUACCUAAAAUCAAGGACAGUGCAGGCCAGAAGGGCACGGGGAAGUGGACAGCUAUCUCGGCCUUGGAGUACGGGAUUCCCGUCACUCUCAUUGGGGAGGCCGUCUUUGCACGAUGCCUGUCUUCCCUCAAGGAUGAAAGAGUACAAGCCAGCAAGCUGCUGAGUGGACCCAAAAGGAUUAAAUUUAACGGAAAUAAGACAGAAUUCCUGGAGGACAUCCGCAAAGCCCUCUACGCUUCCAAGAUCAUUUCCUACGCCCAAGGCUUCAUGUUGCUGAGGCAAGCAGCAAAAGAGUUUGGCUGGACACUGAAUUACGGCGCCAUCGCUCUGAUGUGGCGGGGAGGUUGCAUCAUCCGAAGUGUGUUCCUGGGGAAAAUCAAAGAAGCCUUUGAUCGAAAUCCUGAUCUCCAGAACCUCCUAUUGGACAACUUUUUUAAGACGGCGGUAGAGAAUUGUCAGGACUCGUGGCGACGUGCCAUCAGCACAGGCGUCCAGAUUGGCAUCCCGAUGCCAUGCUUCACCACUGCACUUUCUUUCUAUGACGGGUACAGGCAUGGCACUCUGCCUGCCAACUUGAUCCAGGCUCAACGGGAUUAUUUUGGUGCCCACACCUACGAACUGUUGUCAAAGCCAGGCGAAUUCAUCCACACCAACUGGACAGGACAUGGAGGCAAUGUCUCCUCCUCGUCAUAUAAUGCCUAGAAGGAACACUGAACAAAUACUGUAGAGCUAAAACAUUCCUUUCCCCCCCCCCCGGUUAUUCUCUGUACCUUCGGUGCUUUUCCUAGAGGUCACAUUUGGGGAAUGUUUUGUAAAGAAAUUGUUGUCAUGUCUUGGAAGAGAGCUGAAAUAAAAUUAUAAACUCUUCUUUGAAAA